AUGGGGAGACGGAAGAUCGAGAUUAAAGCGAUCAAGGACGACAGAAAUCGAUCUGUUACUUUCCUCAAGCGCAAAGGCGGCCUGUUCAAGAAGGCCCACGAGCUCUCAGUCCUCUGCUCCGUCGAUGUCGCUGUCAUUAUCUUUGGUCACAACAAGAAACUAUACGAAUACUCAUCCGGCGACAUAAAUGAGACAAUCGAUCGAUUUCACUUCUAUGGUGGCGCACAUGAACACAAGGGCCCUGGAGACUUCAACGGAGGGGGUAUGGACGAUGAGGACGAUGAUGAGAUGGGCACACCGCCGCUAGAAGAUCCAAUGCCACGAGAGCACAGUCUUCCUCCACAUCUACAAAACGCAACGAGCUACAUGAGAAACGCAUCUCCUCCUAUCCAAGUUGUCCCAAAUGGCGUCCCAUACCAAAGACAGCAUACCCCUCAGGGUCAAAUGAUUUCGCGACCGGGAUCGAGAAACAGCAUACCCAAUGUACGCCGUAUGAGUGGAAGCGUUGGUCCAGGUCCCUCCCAUCUCCAGCAAGUCAGCCAAGCCCCCCAAGCUGCCAAUGGCUAUGCCUACACGCGACAGCCUCCAUCAAUGUACAACACUCAAGCGGCUCAAGGCAUGCCAGUCGCACCCCAUCACCCUCAACAGCAAGCCCAACAAGCCCAGUAUUACGGUCAACUCCAACAAGCAGCUGCACCACAUGCUCAAGUGCAGCAGGCGUACUUGCAAGAGCAAAGAAGACAGUCAUUACCGCCUGCAUUCCCCCAGCACGAGCGCCAACAGCAGCAGCAACAGCACAUGCCCUCCCCACCACAACCCGAACGCGAGCCGUCUCAAGAUGAUCAAUCGAACCGCCUCCAACAGCCCCAGCCAGCCAAAUCCCGAAGCAUUUUCACCCCCAUUGACGAUAGUCGAUCACUGUUGGCUCAGCAUUGGGGUAUUGGCAAAAGUACCAUUGAACCCAAGUCGGACAUAAAGCGCGAAAAUGACCCACACUCAGAUGCACGAAACCAAGCCUCAAAGCCUACACCUUCGUCAAGGUUGCAGAGAGAGGCUCCAGUUCCUAAGAGAACAAACUCGAUAGAAUUCCCUCCCCCAUCGCGAUCAAGCACCGCCCAAUCGAACGCGAAGAGACCGAGGCUCAAGGUCCAAAUACCUGAGGAGCAAUCAGAUGCCGACAGUGCUACUGCUUCUUCACCCCGUCAGUCCGCAGUUACCACUAGUGAUACACCAGCGAAGAGCACUGAAGCAAGUCAUUCUUCCGGUACCGGUGUUGUCUUACCACCUCCAUCGCCAAGUGCGAGCGCUAUACUGAGCGCAGGCGCAUCUGGUCCCCCGAAUCCAUUUGCUCGGCCGCAUCCGCCAGGAGGGCCUUCGCAAGGUCAAUCCUACAGCAGUAACAACAACAGCAUUGAAACCCCCAUAUCAGCAUUGCCAUCACGAUUUGUCGCUGACGGCUUACUCCCCUCGCCAUCAUCCUUCUACCCAGAAUGGAAUUUUGGCCGUUCGGGAGGCGACAGCAACCUUCUCCCGAGCCCCCUAAACCUCCAAACACCGGUGAUGGGUGGAUCAAGUUUUAGGGACGAGGAUGGAGACCGGAAGAGGAAGAGCCCAGACCAGGAGGGCCAGGAAGCGGCCAAAAGGGUCAAAACGUGA